AAGAGUUCUGCACAGGUGAUCACCGAAAUCAAGGCAAACCCGGAAACCCCUUGCUUGAAAGCUCUGAACUUUGGCUCCUAGUGCAAGAAGAAGUUUGCUGGUUGAAUUGCUGGGAUUAUUGUUUGAUCUUCAGCAGCACCACCGUCUCAAAGUUCCUUAUUCAUUAACCAGAUUGCAUUCAACAGAGCACUUUGCGAUGGAUGUGAAAAGGAUAUCCUGGGUAGGAAAUGUAUACCAGAAGUUUGAAGCUAUGUGUUUGGAGAUUGAGGGCGUCGUGUAUAAGGACACUAUAGACUAUGUUGAAAAUCAAGUGCAAACUGUGGGAGAAAGUGUGAAGAAGUUUUGUUCAGAAAUGAUGCAUGAUUUGCAUCCCGAGUCUGGCACUGAUCCGGUUACUGUUGCUGCUGCUGCCGACUUUUCUGUGAAUCCUUAUGCUUACCUCGAGAUUGAGAAAAAGGGGAAAAAGGAAAAAAAGGAAAAACGUGAAAACUACAGAAGUAAAGAUGUGAAUACCACAGACGAUGCUCAAGUCAUCAAGGGGAGAAGCAAACCUGGUGGGCUAUAUAAACGCCGAAAUGUUGGCAUCAGAAAGACCGAAGGAAACCAUUUUCCACUAAUGGUGCCUUCACCUGUGGCUCGUGAGUCUUGGGAGAGGAAUUGUAGGAACUCUUCAGUCUGUGAAUUAAGAGAAAGAGUGGAGGAUACUUGUGACCAUGUACCAGACACAAAUAUGAACAGAACGUGUUUCUCUAUAGAGAAUGUUGUGUCUGAUGAGGCAUUAUUAGAUGGAUCAGCUGGGCAGAGGCAAGAAGAUCCUGAAUGCACUACCACUUUUGAUGGAUCAUCGUCUAGAUCAAGUGGUACAGAACAAGCACAUAUGACAAAUUGCCCAAUUUCUCAUACAGGUGGUGUCAAUACAAUCAACAGCGGAUCUGCAGAGAGAUCAAAUAAGGAUGACUGCAAUGCAGUGGAGGCAUUAAACGUGCUUGAUCAAGAAGUGGAAGUAAUCGACCAAGAAGGCGAAGUAGCCGAUCAAGAUGUGGAGGAGAGUUGUGUAUUGGUUGAAGGGGAUGGACUUCAUAUUCCCCAUGGUCCUGUCAAACCCAAAUCAUAUAAGAAAAAAAUCCGUGAAGCAUUCUCGUCGAAAGCGAGAUUAACAAUGAAGGAGUAUCAGAAGCUGGCAGCGAAAUAUGAAGAGCAGGCUGCAGAAAGAGAUGGGGGAGAAAAUGCCUCACCUGAGGUGGUGGGAAUGAAGGCAAGCACUGAUGGUAUACCAUCAGCUAGCAGUGACUUCCCUGACUCUGAGUGGGAGCUUCUCUAGUUGCAAUGCUUGCCUGCAGCUAGUAAUAAAAUUUUUCAUUUCAUAGAUCAAUGUAAAUAUAUAUACCUUAUAUAUAUUUAUAUUUGUAGAGAAUGUACAAUAGCGAAGCAGUUUAAAGAGUUUUAUAUGAUGAUGAUUAUUAGUAUAUUCUCCUCUCCAUACUAAAAAUGAG